AUGGAGGAGCCGCCCCAACACCCGCCGGGGGAGGGUUGCUUAAAACAAGAUGGCGCCCCAAAGCAACAAUAUGAGCUUCCCCCGCCCUCUCCUCUCAACCCGCCUCCGUCGCCGAUACAGCUUCCACUGUUGGAAAUGGAGGACCGCACGCUAAAGUUGCCAUUCCGCGCCACAGAGGGGGUAUUGCCCCGCGGUACAAUCGCCGAGUGCCUCGGGCUUGUGAAUCUUGCCGCCAGCGCAAGACAAAAUGCAGUGGCGAUACUCCCGUUUGUCGACAGUGCCGUGAACUCAGGGCGACUUGUAGUUACCCUGUUGGAUGGAAAGAAAAAACGAAAAAUCGAAAAACUUACUGAAAAAGCCUACGACUAUGAAAAUUUGUUGAAGGAUUUGGGCAAUCUUGUGGAGGCUCGUGUGGCGGACCGGAUCAAAAGCUUGCUGGACAAGCAUGGUUUGGAUGUAGACUAUUCACCCAGCAGUGCUCAAUCUCACUCUGUUACCCCUCAGGACGAGGUUGUAGAAGCAGAUGAGCUGAGCUCGCCUUCAUCGAUUGGUUCGUUGGAGGCAAUCGAUCGAGUGGAAGAGGACUUGAACCGAAAUGAAAACUCACGGGCGACUGGAUAUAUGGGAAAGAAUUCCGAGGUGACUUGGAUGCAACGACUUCAAAGAGAAGCAGAACACCGAUCGCAAGGGCUGCCAGGAUCUUUAGAACCCGGACAGAGCAAGCGACAAGAUGAUGAUCUCGCCCUUCACGCCGUCAACUACCAUCUCGAUGAUUUGGACAUCAAUGCCCCGGGACCGAUUGACGUGUAUGCUGUUCCUCCACGAGAGCAGGCAGAUCACCUUUUCGAUGAUUACCUGCGAACCGUCAACCCUUUUUUUCCUAUCAUCAAUCGACCUCUCUUCACUGCGCAGUAUAAGACGUUUUAUGAAAGCAACGCGCAACCAGGUGAUAAAUGGCUUGCCAUUUUGAACAUGAUCUUUGCCAUUAGCUCCAAACAUUCCCAUCUGGUUGAGGCACCAUGGCGGGGAGAUGAAAAAGAUCAUUUAUUGUAUCUGAAUCGGGCCAGAACUCUCAGUAUGAAUGGUGAUGUUUUAUUCAGCCAUCCUGAUCUUCAGCAGGUCCAAGUAGAGGGCUUGAUUGCCUUCUACUUGCUUUCAUCAGACCAGAUUAAUCGCGCAUGGAGAAUCUCUGCGCUGGCAGUUCGGUCUGCAAUCACCCUGGGCAUCAAUAUGAAGAACAGCAGCCCUACAACACCGAAUAUUUCCAAAGAGGCUCGCUAUCGAGUUUGGUGGUGUCUGUACACGUUCGAGCAUCUUCUGGGCAUAAUGACUGGCCGCGCCUCCUGCAUCCUGGAUGGAAUAUGCACCACGCCCCUGCCCUUGCCAUGGGCAGAGGACAAGCUUACAGAACCAGCGGCAGCUGAAUUGUUAAACGAUUCGACCAUCCGAGAUGACCGUAUCAACAAGGUAAUGGCCAGUUCUUGGGUGCGACAUAUGCCUCUUAACCCUACUGGAGGCAAAGAAGCUUCGCAUCAAACCCGUGCACGCGACAACUCGUGGGUGAGGAACCUGCCUGUCAGCGCUGGUCUCUGCCACCUCUACUACUGUGAUUUGGCUGUCGUCGUGCAGGAAAUCGUGAACAAAGUGUACUCGGUGGAUUGUGUGAUGGUACCUUGGUCUCACAUUGAGAAUCGAAUCGGUGAGCUGAGGUGCCGAAUCGACCUCUGGUUCCACAGUCUUCCGACCGCACUUGACUUUACCAACAAGGAGGAUGAAGGCCCUGAGCGACUCCGGUACAAAUUGGCCCUGGCAUUUCACUACUACAGUGCACGAAUCACAUUGGGACGCCCAUGCCUCUGCCGGCGUGACGCGCAAAAGAAAAGCCCGGCUGAAAGGUCGGCUUUCAGCCAUGACAUGGCAGAGCUGACCCUGGAAUCUGCCAGACUCAUGCUCGAUCUCAUCCCGGAGGAGCCCAAUGCUAUUCAACUUUAUGAAAUUGCCCCAUGGUGGUGCAUCUUGCACUACCUCAUGCAAUCCGCAACGGUACUCCUACUCGAGCUCGCCUUUGGGUGUGUUCACAUGCCAGAAGAAGAAAGUAAUUUCAUCGUCUUUGCCAAAAAAGCCAUCCGGUGGCUCUUCGUCAUGUCCCAGUACAGCGUCGCCUCGCGGCGCGCAUGGCAGCUAUGUGACAUUUCUUUGCGCCGUCUGUCCAUCGGCAUGAAGUUCGACAUCAGCGACAUGCCUUCCUAUCCCUACCAAAACGCACCUGCUUCCACUGUCUCCCUCGAACAUCCCCACGACUUUGCUCAGGAAAUCCCCUCCUCCACCUCAGGCCUCUGGAACCCACACUUGGAAGAUUUGUCUUUGAUCAAUCAAGAACCUUCCGAAUAUGGUGUUGAUCAUUAUUACAACAACUCCGGUUAUCCGGAUAUGCAAUCGACUGAUCUCAUGUCCUCAUUCACAGGCGAUGCUCAAAUGACGGACGAUUUAUACUUCCCGUACGACCCCAUCAGCGGCGAGUUUAUUCGCUCUUUCUUCCCAUAUUCGAAUGAAGAUCUUAAUUGGGAUCAGAUUUGA